AGUCGACAGCUUGCCGUCAAUCAAGUGCGUGCCGCAACCAGAUACCUACAGAGUGUGACAAGUUGCCACCCAGUGUGAUUGGUUUUUCCAUUUGACCCUUACGUUCGGUUCCAACAGUGCGAUGAACUUGGCCAAGUUCGUGGAACAUGCCCAGCGCGGAGCGCAAAACGGUUACCCCGAAGGCUUUCUCCUAAGUCACCACAUCAAACAAGAAGCCGACAGUACCUCCACGGCCCUGUUGACUCCACCUCAUACCCCAACGUACCCUACGUUAUCCCCACCACUGCCCGCCCAUCCUUGCGAAGGCUGGUACCGCCCUCAAGAAAUGGAUCCCGCCUUCCAGCCUCCCCAUUAUCCGAUGCAGCACUACCCCUCGCCCUACAGUCCUGUCUUCGUCAACCAGUGGCUGCGAAACGCUGCUAUCUACCAACGUAGCAUGAGGACGGCUCCUCUACCUCCAAAAAUGGGCGGUGCUGGACCAGUAGGCGGCGCCAGGCCCAAAAAACAGUUCAUAUGCAAGUAUUGCAACAGGCAGUUCACCAAGAGCUACAAUCUACUUAUCCAUGAAAGAACGCACACGGAUGAGAGACCCUAUUCCUGUGAUAUCUGCGGGAAGGCCUUUAGAAGACAAGAUCAUCUCAGAGAUCAUAGGAUACAUUCACAGCAAAGAAAAGCCCUUCAAAUGCAGCGAGUGCGGCAAAGGCUUCUGCCAGUCACGCACCCUGGCUGUUCACAAGAUCCUCCAUAUGGAAGAGUCACCCCACAAGUGUCCAUUUUGCAGCAAGUCUUUCAACCAAAGGUCAAACCUGAAGACCCACAUGUUGACGCACACAGACAGACCGAUCGAGUGUCUCGUUUGUUCCCAGUUCUUUGCCAGUUACAGUGACCUAAAAACUCACGAGGUCUCGCGCUGUAGAAUCAAAGAGGCUCAGGUCGCACUGGAAACGCAGAGUGCCAGUUCCUGUCUGGACCUCACCAAAAAGAAUAUUGAGAUCCAGAUGCAGUCGACCAAAGUCAAACUUGGGUUUUCGAUAGAAGAUAUAAUGAAACGAUAAUUUUUCAGUUGAUGAGAUUUUUUUUUGUUGGGUAUCUACUGUAAACUUGUUGCCAAAGAUGUUGAGUAUUUUAUUCUACCUCUGUUCAUGAGACUGAUUGUGAAAGUAUUGAAUCGCGAGGUUUUGUUACCGAUUUUUGUUUUAAUCAUGUACCAAGAACGUACAAUGUGUCUCAAAUAAGAGUUGUGACUUCAGCUGGUCUCAAUGUUUACACAUAAUUUGAUGUUCGUUAAGGGAUGCAUUUUUAAAAACUAGGAGCCAACGUGUUUUUUUCUGUGAUUUUGCAUCACUUAACAACAUCAAAUUAUUCACUCUUACUUAAGACACACAUUGCAAAGUAUCAUUAUAAUGGU